UUGAUAUUGGAGCGCAACGUCGCAGACAGGAACAGCUGAAACAGAACAACAAAGCAAAGCAUCGACGACCACGACGGAACAAACGGAUAAUAUACGUCUAAAAUAUAACCGGGUGGUGACGUAUAACGUCGGUGACAUCAACGCUGGUGGUGAUAUUUAUUGCCGUAAAGUCAAAUUUGAAAAGGGUUCCUACAGAUCUUUAAAAAGUCUUACAAAGUCAUUCCCAGAGAAGCAAAAAAAGAUGGGACGUAUCUUUUUGGACCACAUUGGAGGAACACGCCUCUUCUCCUGCGCCAACUGCGACACCAUCCUGACAAAUCGGUCUGAGCUCAUCUCCACGCGCUUCACAGGAGCAACAGGAAGAGCAUUUCUCUUCAACAAGGUGGUGAACCUGCAGUACAGUGAAGUGCAGGACAGAGUGAUGCUUACCGGCCGGCACAUGGUGAGGGACGUCAGCUGCAAGAACUGCAACAGCAAGCUGGGCUGGAUAUACGAGUUCGCUACCGAAGAUAGCCAGCGGUACAAGGAGGGACGCGUUAUCCUGGAGAGGGCGCUGGUGAGGGAGAGCGAGGGCUUUGAAGAACAUGUCCCCUCCGACAACUCAUGAGCUCCUAAUAUUGGAAUAAUGAGUGUGGGAAACCUCACGCCCAUGCCCUCCUUACUCUCUGUAAUUCCCCACCUUGCCGCUGCACCACUCACCACCAUCUGCAGACUUUAUGGUCAAUAACGUUUCGGCCUCACCUCCUCAAGUGCACGUCUCUGGCGUGCGACCUUAGACCUCUGCUGAUUACACAAAUGGUCUGCUGGAUCUGUUUUCACUGAAUUAAAGCUUUCCCUAAAUAUUUCCUAAUGUGUCAUACUCUGCACCCUUUGAAACAACUGGGGGUGCAUAUAGGGAGUUAUACCAUAGCUUGUUGAAGUGUCCAUGCACAGUCGCAUGGAAUUUCCAACACUGCUGCACAAGCCAUGCACGGCAUUUAUUAUGAAAGAUUCGCAUGAUAAUACAAGCGGUCAGUUGUAGGAAAAACUCAGCAUCUGGUUGUUCAGUUUGUUUAAUUAACGGAGCUGAAAACAAUUCAGCAUCCAGACGUGGGAGUAACAACAAGGCCCAUCUAAUCGGCACUGCUUCACCUAGGUAAACCCACGGAGAUGUUGUGCUGUACGUCCAUGUUGUGAGCUUUGUGUCAGUGUAUUUGUUGCUAACAACUGGAUGCAGUUGAGACCACAAUGGGUAUCUCAGUUCCUUUUUCUUAGCUGGUAGUAAAAUGAAUGUAUUAGUGUUUAAAAUCUUAUGUUCUCAUCCAGACGUUACACUAUGGAAGACACAGAUUGAUGUCAUAUCGAAGUAUUCAUUUUUGUAUUUGGUGGUGAUUCUAUUUCCUUACCACUCGCAUGUUGUACAGUUAUUUUGAUUCAUAUGACAUUAUUGAAAUGUACACAAAGUGGCUUCAGUAUCUCACUGCUAUAGUUAAUGGGGGAAGCAGUGACGUUUAGUUUUAUUUUGUCUGGUCAUUCUGUCUGUUUCCAUGGUUGCGUUGCCUGAUUGAGGCACACCAGGUAAAAUAUCAGCAGUGCAGGCUUUUAGCUGUCUGUUUUCACUGUGGAGAGGGAGGACUGUGGAUGUGGGUCAAACAAAAAAUGUAUUCCAGCCCAGCUUGUGUUUAUGAAUUCUCAUUUCACUGGUGAGGUAAUCUCCUAGUUUUUAAGUACAUUUAGUAAAUUGACCAUCCCUUUAAAAAAAAAAAAUCCUAGGUUUAAAAUGUAUUUGAUUUUAUGAUGACCUGUUAUAGUCUUGCCCAGCAUUAUUAGCACCCCUGAAAUUUAACUACAGACCUUCAAGUAUACUCAACAAUAAAUGUGAUUGAACAAAUUUUUUAUCAUCUGCAUAAUUAAUAAAAUAGCCAAAGUUAUUGGAUACAACAAAAUGCUUUCAUAUACUGAACUUAAAGGGUUUUGGCACCUUUUGAUGAACUUACAGUAAAUCAUCACUUUAACAGCCAGUUUUUAGAACAUUUCUAAGUCACUGAAUACAUCUUAAGACUUCAUUUACAGCAGUCAUUAAGAAAUACUGUUUGGUAAAUUUGACUAUAGUAACAAAUUUUCAAACAUGUAAUGACUGUCCAAGGAGACUAAUGAGAGAAGCCAACAAGAUGCCCAUAACUGUUAGUGAGUCGAAGGUUAUUGGAGAAAUUCUGGUGGCAGUCUUGUUUGUUGCAUCAUCAGUUAUAUUUUCAUAGUGGAAUAGAACAUAGGAUUUUAAAACAAGAUAGAAAUCAUAAAAUCUAGGCUCAAGUCUUGUGCCAUCCGCUAAAUUAGAAUUUUUGUCCCUCCCUGUUCCCCUUCACACUGAAGAUUUACAACUACUGAUGCAACAGAUAAAAGUUGCUGUAUGCCCAGUUGCAGCUACAAAAGCCUAUAAUUUGUACAGAGUUGGCUUGGAUGGGUGGCUUCCCUCAAUAGUCUCUUCAUAUAAUCACUCAGUUUUUGUGAAAUCUGUACUCUUGACAGAUUUACUGUAGACUACCAGCCUGUUUGUUUAUUAAUAAUUGUCAGUGAAAUCCAGGAUGUAGUCAGUGAUUUGGAAAUGUUCACAUAUCCAUUCAUUGAGACUGGCUGUAAAAGUGAUGAUUUCUUAUAACUGCAUCAAAGGGAGUUAGUAAUUGUCACAUGUACAUGUUAUGUAUUUCAGGACAAGUACUUUAUUUUGUUCUGUUCAGUAACUGGAUAUUUUAUUAAAUAUUCUCAUUAUACAAGAUUGGUUCAUUUGCAUUUACUUUUGAAGAUAUUUUAAAUCCUGCACUUAAAAUUUGGGGGUGCCACUGAUGAGCAUUAGCACAACACAUUUAAGCAAGCUUUAGUGUUUUCAAAGUCAAACUCAGCCUCCAUCAGUGUCCAGAGUUCCAUGAAAAGAAAGCAGUUAUGUGUAAGUUUCAGAAUGGUCCGAGCUUCACUUGGGCAACUCAGCUCCUGUUCAUUGCCAUGUACAACGGUGUGCAAAAUAUUUGGACUUAUUUCUGCAAAUACACAGGUUUUGCAAGAUACUGAUCUGAAUCCCUACAGUCAACGAUCAUAACUGAACUUAUGUUAUAAUGCUAGAUAGACUUGCUGUGCUUAUUUGCUUUACUCUUAAUGUUUUGCUGAGUGUUACUUUUACAUUUAUCUUAUUGUAUAGUUUCUUGAUUGGAGUUUGAAAAAAAUAUUGUUUGGCUAUUUGCUGGGUUUUCUCUGGUGUGAUUUCUAAAUAAAGAUUUGGUGUGACUGGGCUAAA